AUGCUCGAACAUUAUCUUGCAAUGGCUGACCAAAUGGUCAAGCAGUACAUCGACCCAAGUCUAGACUUCCAACUACUUAUUAGCAAGGUGUUGGGCAUUGGUAUCAUCUUUGCCUCAGUCUUCCUCAAGGUUCCCCAGAUUCAAAAGCUGAUCAGCAGCAGAGACUCCACUGGUCUCUCGCCUGUCUCCAUCAUCUUGGAGACCGUGGUCUUCACAAUCUCAAUCUUGACCAGUGUUCUGCUCGCCUACCCAUUCUCGACUUAUGGUGAGAGCGUGUUCAUCUUGGCACAGAACAUCAUUGUCGUCUAUCUUGUCUUCCACUACUCCAAGAGGGUCAACGUUCAGUUCUGGGCUGGUGUCAUUGUUUACCUUGCCGCCAUUGCUGGUGUACUCCAGUUCGCUGACAGGAAGCUUUUGAUGCUUCUCCAGUCUCUCAACAUUGUGAUCUCGAUCGUCAGCAAGAUUCCUCAGAUCUUUGCCAUCUUUAGACUCAAGUCUGUUGGACAAUUGUCAUUCAUUACGACAUUCUUGCAGUUUGCUGGAAGUAUCGCUCGUAUGUUCACCAGCUACAAGGAGAUCCCAGACCCAAUUGUUUUGAUUGGAUAUGGUAUCAGCGCAAGCUUGACCUUGAUCCUCGUGUUGCAGUUCCUCAUGUACUGGAACUCAACACCAAAGAGGAUUCCAUCUGGAGCUACCAAGAAGAAGGUUCAAUAA